CGGCGGGGCUGGGCCCACCUAUGGGGCUUUGCAGAAGCAAACCCAGACCCGGGAAAGGUGAAGAGCAAAAGAAGGGGUGCACCUGUCCAGUCCCAAAGCCUAAGCAAAGGUCGAUGGACAGGCAUCCCCAAGAGUCUGAGAGGCCUCCAGACACUAAGCCUGCGGAGGGCUUCUCUUGGAGGAGAGGUGCAGCCCAGCAGCGGCGGCCUUCGUUCGAAGUCGAAGAGAAACCUGACGUAAAGGUAAAAUCGAGCAAGAAGGUCGUCAUCCCACAGAUCACCAUCACUACAGCCUCCAACGAGACCCUGAUCGGCGACACCAUCGGAAGCGAAGAGCAGACCACGAUCCGGGAGGUGGCCGAAUGGGGCGCCUACUCCCGACACAGGAACCCCAGUACAGCGGACGCCUAUAAUUUACAAACCAAAGAAUAAACGACCGCCCCUGAGUGGCUGUCCUCAUUCCUGUG